AGUUUCGGAGCGUUCGGUAGUGGAGAGCAGCUGAAUUUCGAAUCAUAAUCAUAACAUUCGUGAUCUAAACGAACACACCAAGUUGUUGUUUUGUUUUGGUUUUUAGUCGCAAAAUUUCGCGCGAUUUUUCUGGUGCCACUGUGUGUGUGUGUGUGCAUUUGUUUCGCACACAUUGGCGACUGGGCAACCCCAGGAUCUGUCGCCUGUCCUCUCGCUCGUGACUUAGACUCAGACUUUUCCUCUGGAUCCUGCGGAGUACAUCCGAGGACCACGCAGGAACAGCUGAGAUAGACACUCAAGAAGGGUAGCAUACAUAUAUAUCAUAUCUGGAGCUGUAGCCCAGUACAAAUAUCGUGGCUAAAAUGACAGUUGUGAGUUGUGGCUCAGAUUUGGCUUCGCAUGCGGGGCGCAAUCAAAGCAAACGUCAUUAGCACUCGCGACACCGCCUUCGAUUGACAGCGGGUAAAGGGAGUGGAAAGUGGAGAAGGAGCCGGAGCAGAUCCUGCCGCAGGAUUCAGCAGCCAGGAGGCCAGGCACGAACAACUUUACAUUUGCAUAACUUCGGUGCAGCGCCAGCGUUCAGAUUCCGAUUCACAGAUGUCAAUGGGCGUGGCAGUGGGACGCGAGGCGAGCCAGCUGAAAAUCAAAGCCCAAUUGGCACAAACACGCGGUAAAUAGAAUUCGCAAUCGGAAUCGGAAUUGAAAUAGGAAUUCGCAUUCAAAUUCAAAUGCAAAUAGAAAAUAGAAAUUGCCACGAGACCCCCACAGAAAUAUACAAAAAAAAAUCGAAAAAAAAAAUAGCAACUAAAAUACCCAUAAAAUAAUAGGAAAACAAAGAGUGCCAGGAGAAACAGCUGCUGCAGCAAAUAAAAGAACCGCAACAGCAGCAACAACAGCACUAACAACUCCACCAGCAACAACAGCAUCAACAACAAAAUGGAGAAACUGCUGCAAUCGACGCUGUUUGUCAUCCUGAUAAUGGCCACAAAAUGCGGCAGUGGCUCGACCCAGAACCAGCAUCACGAGACCAAUUCCCAGCUGGAUCCCGAUCCGGAGUUCAUCGGGUUCAUCAACAAUGUCACAUAUCCGGCAGGACGCGAGGCCAUCUUGGCCUGCUCGGUGCGCAAUCUGGGCAAGAAUAAGGUUGGCUGGCUGAGAGCCUCCGAUCAGACGGUACUGGCUCUACAAGGUAGAGUGGUCACCCACAAUGCGAGAAUCAGCGUGAUGCACCAAGAUAUGCACACCUGGAAACUAAAGAUCAGCAAACUGCGUGAAAGUGAUAGAGGUUGCUAUAUGUGCCAAAUAAACACGAGUCCCAUGAAGAAACAAGUGGGCUGCAUCGAUGUGCAGGUUCCACCAGAUAUCAUCAAUGAAGAGUCAUCCGCCGAUCUGGCCGUUCAGGAGGGCGAGGAUGCCACGCUCACCUGCAAAGCCACGGGGAAUCCGCAGCCGAGAGUCAUCUGGCGCAGGGAAGACGGCGAAAUGAUUCUCAUUCGCAAACCAGGCAGUCGAGAGCUCAUGAAGGUGGAAUCCUACAAUGGAUCCUCACUUAGGCUACUUCGUCUGGAAAGGCGUCAGAUGGGCGCCUACUUAUGCAUAGCCUCAAACGAUGUUCCACCUGCUGUCAGCAAACGAGUCUCGCUGAGUGUGCAAUUUGCUCCCAUGGUGAGGGCCCCCAGCCAACUGCUGGGCACGCCCCUGGGAUCCGAUGUGCAGCUGGAAUGCCAGGUGGAGGCCUCCCCAUCGCCAGUCUCCUACUGGCUGAAGGGGGCACGGACGUCCAACGGAUUCGCCAGCGUCUCCACGGCCAGCCUCGAGUCCGGCUCGCCGGGCCCCGAAAUGCUGCUCGACGGGCCCAAGUACGGGAUAACGGAGCGGCGCGAUGGCUAUCGGGGCGUCAUGCUGCUGGUGGUGCGUUCCUUCUCGCCCUCCGAUGUGGGCACCUAUCACUGCGUCAGCACAAACUCGCUGGGCCGUGCCGAGGGCACAUUGCGGUUAUACGAAAUCAAGCUUCAUCCGGGCGCCUCGGCCAGCAACGAUGAUCAUCUGAAUUACAUCGGAGGUCUCGAGGAGGCGGCUCGGAAUGCGGCCAGCAGCAACCAGACGACGUGGCAGCCCCUGCUCGCCAUGCUGAUGCUUCUGUGGAUGAGGCUGACACUGAGGGCCGGGGGAGCGUGAUAUCAAAACUGAGAGAAGAAGAGCCGGCAAUCAAGUAUUCCUACAGAUUCCCUCGGACACCGACAUCGACAUCUCUCUCUCUCGCCUGCGUUCUUGUUGUUCGUUUCCGUUUCCGGUUCCGUCUACACCCAUACCCACAUCAUCAACUUAUCGGUCCCCGGCCGCCCACGCACUCAUACAUAUUGCCGGAGGCGCCUCCCGCUGCCUCAGAUAUCAUUUGCAUACGUAUCAGGAAACGUGUUGUUCCCACCCGCUGAAACCCCCAAACCCUUUGCCAAAUCCCAUACCAAAAUCCCGCUCCCUAAUAAAACUAAAGAGGAUAUCAAAAGUGGACAAUUGGCUGCCAAAACCCUACCAUUUCCCCCCAGCCCCGAAUAAUGUUACAUUGCAUAUAAAUUAAAUAUGAAUACUAUAAAAUAGUGCAUAAAAUUUAUUAUCAUAAUAUAAAUAACGACAAAAUUAUUGAAUAAAUUAUCGCAAA